CAGCGCAAGGGAAACAAGUGCACAUGGUAGAUGAAAGCUGACGGGAAGGCAGCGCGGAAACAUCUCAGAGCACUCUUUGGUGAUAACGGGUGUGUGCAUCGCGUGGUGUCCGAAGGCACAGCAUCAUGAGCCAGUGGAAGCAGAUUCAACAGCUGGAGAUCAGACUCCUGGAGCAGGUGGAUUACCUGUAUGACGAUAACUUCCCCAUGGACAUCAGGCAGGGGCUGGCCAGCUGGAUCGAGUCUCAGGACUGGGACACCGCGGUGAACGACGAGUCGAUGGCUGGCGUGCUCUUCACUAACCUGCUGACCCAGCUGGAGAGGGUGCGCUCGCAGGAGCAGAACUUUCUGCAACGACACAACAUGAAAAUAAUCCAGCAGCAGCUGCAACUGAAAUACGCCACCAAUCCUGCUGUAAUGGCCAGAGUCAUCUCCACCUGUCUCAGGGAAGAGCGCCGUAUUCUCUCCAGUGCCUGCAUGCAAGAACAGGGUCCUCUGGAGAAGUCUUUGCAGAACUCUGUGGCGUUUGAGAGGCAGAAGAACAUGGACAACAGAGUUGGGAUCAUCAGGGGCAGCGUGCAGUUGAUGGACCAGGCUGUGAAAUACAUCGAGGACAUGCAGGAUGACUUUGAUUUCCGCUACAAGACCCUGCAGUCUCGAGAAUCAACUGAUAGAAACUCUGACGUGAUGAAACAGGAAGUAACAAGACUACAGGAAAUGCUAAACCGGCUUGACUUUAAAAGGAAGGAGAUUUUAUCAAAGAUGGACGUUGUGGUCAAAGAGAUUGACGACCUGAUGACCUCUCAGCUCAACCCCGAGCUGCAGGACUGGAAACGAAGGCAGCAGAUUGCUGCCAUCGGGGGUCCUCUGCUCACCGGGCUGGAGCAGCUGCAGAGCUGGUUCACCCUGACUGCCCAGAGCCUUUUCCAGAUCAAGCGUCAGCUGGACAAACUGGGGGAGCUGGUGGUGAAGGUGACCUAUGAGAGCGACCCAAUACCCCUGCAAAAGCCUCAGAUGGAAGAGAGAGUGAAAUAUCUCAUCUACCAUCUCAUCAAGAGCUCAUUUGUGGUGGAGAAGCAGCCAUGUAUGCCCACACAUCCACAGAAACCCCUCAUCAUUAAGACUGGAGUACAGUUCACCACCAAAGUCAGACUCCUGGUUAAACUUCCAGAAGUGGAUUAUCAGCUGAAAGUGAAAACAACAUUUGACAAGGACCUCCCCCCGGGCAGAGUAAGUCGUCAGUUUUUCAUCCUGACCAACAACACUAAAGUUAUGGACAUUGAGGACUACUCAAACGGCUGCCUCUCAGUGGAGUUCAGACAUCUGCAGCUGAAAGAGAAGAAAUAUAUCAACGGCACCAAAGGGAACGAGGGCCUGCUCUCUGUGACAGAAGAACUUCACUCUCUCAGUUUUGAGGCCUGCUUCACGGUGCAGGGCCUCACCAUCGACCUGGAGACGUGUUCCCUGCCGCUCGUUGUGAUUUCCAAUGUGAGCCAGCUGCCUGGAGGCUGGGCCUCCGUCAUGUGGUACAACCUCCUGACUGAUGAGCCGAGGAACCUGGCUUUCUUUGGGAACCCUCCUCGGGCCAGCUGGAGCCAGCUCUCUGAGGUCCUCAGCUGGCAGUUCUCCACUUUUGCCGGGCGAGGCCUCAACAAAGAGCAGCUCACCAUGCUGGGAGAAAAGCUCUUUGGUCAGCAUGCCUCCUGCAGCGACUAUCAAGUGUCCUGGUCCAAGUUUUCCAAGGAGAAUAUUCCAGGGAAGCCGUUCAGCUUCUGGAUGUGGCUCGACUCGAUCCUGGAGCUCAUCAAGAAGCACCUGCUGCCGGUCUGGAAUGAGAACUACAUCAUGGGAUUUGUGAGUAAAGAGAUGGAGCGAGCCUUGUUGAAGGACAAAGAGCCAGGCACGUUCCUGUUACGCUUCAGCGAGAGCCACCUCGGCGGAAUCACCUUCACCUGGGUGGAGCACGGCGAUAACGGUGAGGUGAAGUUUAACUCUGUGGAGCCUUACACUAAAAACCGGCUCAGCGCGCUCCCGUUCGCCGACAUCAUUCGAGACUACAAAGUGAUCUCAGACGGGGUUGUCCCCGAAAACCCACUCAAGUUCCUCUACCCCGACAUCCCCAAAGACGAAGCAUUCGGGCGGCUUUACAACAGCCAGCCCAGCAAAGUGCAUCCUUACAUCCCAUCAACCCUGAUCCCCAUCUCAGAAAUGCGCUCCAACGCGAGCACCACCCCGCGGUCGUGUCAGUCUCCGGAGCCCCCGAUGACACCUGGAGAGUUUGACAUGCUCAAUGAGCACCUGUGCUUCGACAUCGACACCAUGAGCUCUCCGUAUUCAGAGUAAAAAGAGGGAAGAAAAAAACAUCUGCAUCUGGAGCUUCUUUGAAUCCUUUGUCAAUAUCGUGACUCCCGUGAGACUGUUGUUUUUACAGAGUUUGUGGUUAAUGUGUUUUUAAAGCAUAUCUUGCUUUGUUGUCCAUGAAAGAAAAGUUUGUAUCAUGCUGGUUUUGUGCCUUUAAUAUUUUGCAUGUUCAGUCAUGUUUUUCUAUAAGAAAUGAAUUGUAUAUAAAUCAAUCUGAACAUGUUUUGUUUAUGUUUUUUGUAGUUGACAUUAUUUUGAUACUUUAUGUCUGCAGCUGUCUCUUUUACCUGUUUGUUAUUGGCAAAAAAGUUAAAUACACGCAGUGUUUUGAUUCCCUUUGUCUUAAACUCAUUCACACAGUCGCUCAGCUCUCCUGCCCCCUGCUGGUCACCUCACUGAAACAGCACCGAGGUUUUGUGCUUUUAUUUCGAAAGCAGUAGGAAGUGAGACGUCGGCAUGUAACAGCUGCUGCUGCUUGGCGGUUUUUACUUACGGCGUUUCUGGAGAAUCACGUGAUUCUCGGUGAUUGUUGAAGGGUGAGGCUGUAUUUGGGUUCUUGCGGAAGUAAAAAAAAAACAACAACAA